CCAUAAAUAGCUUUGAUAUUUUACAAUAAUUCUCAUCCACUCCACCUCCUUCUCUGCUCUCCCUCUGCUACUCCCUGUUCUUCUAUAUCCCUCUCUUUUUUUAGCACAAAAAGAAACACUGAAAUGGCUCACAAAAGCAAGGUUUUGAUAAUCGGAGGCACAGGCUACAUCGGAAAAUUCAUCGUGGAAGCAAGCGCAAAGGCUGGUCAUCCCACUUUUGCUCUGGUCAGAGAGAGCACGGUCUCUGAUCCCGUUAAGGGAAAACUCGUUGAGAAUUUCAAGAACUUGGGUGUCACUUUGGUCCACGGAGAUCUUUACGACCAUGGGAGUUUGGUGAAAGCAAUUAAGCAAGUAGAUGUGGUGAUAUCAACUGUGGGUCACUUGCAAAUUGUAGAUCAGGUCAAGAUCAUCGCUGCCAUUAAAGAAGCUGGUAACGUUAAGAGAUUCUACCCAUCUGAAUUCGGAAACGAUGUGGACCGUGUCCAUGCUGUGGAUCCAGCAAAGACUGCAUUUGCUUCCAAGGCCCAAAUCCGACGUGCUGUUGAGGCUGAAGGCAUUCCCUUCACUUAUGUGUCAGCCAACUACUUUGCUGGCUAUUUUCUUCCUACCUUGGCGCAGCCAGGAGUCACUGCUCCUCCUAGAGACAAAGUUGUUAUCCCCGGAGAUGGAAAUCCCAAGGCAAUUUUUAAUAAGGAAGAUGACAUUGGAACCUAUACCAUUAAAUCUGUGGAUGACCCAAGAGCAUUGAACAAGGUACUCUACAUCAGGCCUCCAGGAAACAUUUACUCCUUCAAUGAGCUUGUUGCCCUUUGGGAGAAGAAGAUUGGCAAAACCAUUGAGAAAGUCUAUGUUCCAGAGGAAAAGCUUUUGAAGGACAUCCAAGAGGCCCCAAUUCCAAUUAAUGUGGUAUUGUCAAUCAACCACUCAGUCUUUGUGAAGGGUGAUCACACUAACUUUGAAAUUGAGCCAUCAUUUGGUGUGGAGGCUUCCCAGCUGUAUCCAGAUGUCAAAUACACCUCUGUGGAAGAAUACCUGGACCAAUUUGUUUGAGAAAUUAAGCCCCAGCUAUUGUUAUUAUUAAGAUACAUAAUUAUAGUUGUGGGUGACUUCAAGCAAAGAGUGUAUCUACUUAAGUAUCCUGUUCUCUGUAACCAUAUCGUGAAGAACCAUAAUCUAUUUUGAGUGAUGCAUUUUCUCUUUACAAUA